AGAGUGCAGAAGGGAGAGAGAGAAAGAGAGAAGUAAGUUUACACUAAGGCAGGAUCAAGGAAUCGGAGGAGAACGUUCAUGUUCUGGAAAGAAGGAUACGAUCUGACGGACAUUUAGGACAAGCCAUGUGAGGGAUGUGCACCUCAGAGGCUGUGGCAGAGGCACCGUGGAAAAAGAGAUGGCGAGGAAGUGCUUUCCACUUGCUAAUCUCCUACUGAACCUGAUUACCUUUGAAUAAGGCACCAUGGAAAAGAUUGCCUGAGUGGAAAGUGAAUUUGCAGUUUGAAGAUACGUGGAUGUGUCCCUUCGAAAAGUUUCUACUAAGAUAGCAGCAGCACUGCUUCCCAGCGCCUCAGGAGGAGGGCAUCAUGAUCUCCAUAGCUCUCCGCUGGCUGGUCUUAAUGUUCCUCAUCAUUCUGACCAUUGGUGGUAACGUGCUGGUGUGUUUAGCCGUCGGGCUCAGCCGUCGACUGUGGCGCAUUGCAAACUGCUUUGUUGUGUCGCUGGCAGUGACAGAUCUCCUGCUAGGCUUGUUGGUGAUGCCCCUGUCGGCCACUGUGGAGCUGCGCAGUGGGAAAUGGCCCCUCGGAGGGGCCCUGUGUAACAUUUACAUCUCAGUGGAUGUCAUGCUAUGUACAGCCUCCAUCCUUACCCUACUGGCAAUCAGUGUGGACCGAUACCUGGCCAUUUCAGCUCCCCUUAGCCACUCCCGGAGAGUUACCCCACUACGGGUGACACUGGCCAUCACCGCCAUCUGGACCUUGUCGGUAGCUGUGUCCUUUGUGCCCAUCCACCUGGGCUGGAACACAGCAGACUACAGAGUGCAGCACUCCGACUGGGGCAUUGGUGAUGAGGACAAGGAGGGACGCUACUGCCAGUUUGAAUGGAAUAACAACUAUGUUCUUAUUUAUACUUUUGGCUCAUUUUAUCUUCCUCUGAUGCUUAUGUGCGGAAUGUAUCUUUGCAUAUUCAGAGUGGCCCGAGAACAGGCCCGGCGUAUUCGUGCUACCACCCCAUCAUCUGCACGUACAGCGACUGCAGCCAUAACCCGAGAGCACAAAGCUACAGUGACCCUGGCAGCUGUACUGGGCGCUUUCGUCAUCUGCUGGUUUCCCUACUUCACCUUCCUCACCUGCAAGGGCAUAAAGGAAAAGACGAACCCCCCAAACACCCUUCACUCAAUAGUCCUGUGGAUGGGUUAUUUUAACUCAGCCCUUAAUCCCAUCCUGUAUCCAGCCUUCAACAGGGAUUUCCGCAAGGCCUAUGGAGAGCUGCUUCGCUGCCGAGGGUCGUCUUGCAGAAAACUGCAGUUUACGCGUGCAUCUGUGCAUAAACGAUUCGCCUUCACUAAUGUCAAAAAGGGCUCCCAACAGUCUAAGAAACAUAUUAACACAGUUAAUAAAGAAACUGAGGAGAAGAGCAUCACUUUACUCGAGGGAAACGGUUUUCCUAAUGAGCCAAGAUGAAAUGAUGUGGGGUCUUGUUGCACUGACAGACUGUUGUGUGGCAGUAAAUAUUAGAAUUGCAAAUUCACUUGGCUGCUCACAGUACCAGAUUAGCUAACAAUUUACAGUAUCAGUUAAAUGUUUAGUGUGAAGUGCCAAAGAUUGUACAAUUCAAGGCACAAUAAAAUGAAUGUUACAUAACUUUUUUGUUAGCGUACAAAUCCAGUGUUUAAGUGCCUAAUUAAUAGGGUCAGGUCAAUUUGGUGAUUCAAUCAAAUUUUACACUCAGAAGUUUGCAGUUUUGGGUUUUCUGUUUAGUGGACAUUUGUGAAAAAGCAGACAACAAUGUGCUUCAAUGGAGUGGAGUAGAGCUGCCAGGACUGAAUAGAUGACUCAGUAAGUUUUCCAGAAAGCUGCAUGGAGACACAGGUGGUUAAAAGUUUGCAAAUUGUUUAUUUUCUCUUCCUUCAGCUCUGGCAGUGGAAGUGAAUAAGUGACCAGCAAGUUGAUAUGAUGUACAAUAUGUACACUUUUGACAUGACCCAAGCAGGACAACCUAAGGGACUUCCUGGAUGUGUCAACAGAUGAACUGCAACUGAACUACACAUCCUUUGUAAAUUAAGGAUUAAACUAUGAUGAAGACUGGUUGCAACACUUAAAUAUGUGAAGCUGAUUCCUAGAGUUUUCACCAUUAUUUAAGACUUUUUUCAAGUGGACAUGCUCUGCACUGCAUUAAGUAAAGAGAAAAACAAAGUGAAGACUAACUUGUUAAAUUAUAAUUUCAAUUUUGCUGCCUUUGUUGUAAGACAAUGAUGAGAAACAACGUGGAAUGUAAUCACAGUCUGCUUCACAAAUUGUCAAAAAUAACUUGGAGAUGAAAAAUUGGAAUUAAAGAGCAUGGACAAGUAAUUUUUAAAAUUAUAUAUAUCCAUAUAUUUAAAACAGAUAGAACAGUACAAUUUAAAUGGAAUGUGUUUGAGAAACAUAUUUAUUUUGGGGUUUUAAUUCCUUAGUAGUAUUUUUAUUAGUGACUUUUUACACCUAUGUAAUCCAAUAUGACUAAUUAUUGUAAAAUUCCAUACCAAUGAGACAGUCACUCUUUGCUAAAGUUUUGCAAAUAUGCACUCAAUGCAUUGUAGAUAUUGUACUAUAGAUUGAAUACUGCACUGGUGAUGUGUCAGGUUGUUUCUUUGAAUUGCUGAGGAAGGCCAUCAGUGGUAUUGCAUAGAUUGCAACUGUUUUAAAACUGUCAGUAACAAGGCAAUCUCUUUGUGUGAUUCUAAUUAAAUGUUCAUGUCAACUAUGGUGCUUUUGAUGGCAGUUAACGUGCUUUUGAGCUAAAGAAAGGCAAUGAAAUCCUUUGCGUCAACCUUGUAGAAAGGAGGACACUGAGGAGAAGACAGAAGAUCAUUUUGUCACAAAAAUAAGGUCAGAAACUAGAACUGAUCAAGCCAACACCUGAUAUAGCUACUGCAUAAAGCAUAAAUAAAGUUGUGAUUCAUGUCUGAUUCCAGAGGUGUUAAAAGUGGUAAAGUGGGUUGCUAGACAGUUUUUAAGGUAAUAUUAAUCCAGCAUUCCAGGGUUUUCCGACCUGAGAAGGAUCAGUUUAAGUUCUGCUACUGCUGCCAAACAUGUCCAAGCCCAGCAUGAGAGUGUCAGAGUGUGAGCGGUGCAUGUGCAGCCACAUGGAGGUUAAACAGCUCCCUCUGUGAAAACGAGCUGGAAUCCAUCAGAUGGGUAUCUUCUUAGUUUAUUUAAAUGCAACAACUCUGAUUUUGUGCAGACAAGAAAACUGAAUAAAGACAAAUGGCUGUUUACAUCUUGCAGCAGCUACUGCACAGUUAAAAUUCAAAUCUCAGCAGGAAAAGUGAUUUCCUGGAGUCUUCUGUGGAUGCCAAGCAACAUCUCCACAACAACGAGAAUCUACAAAGUGACAGCAAUUGCUAAGAGUUACACCAUUUUAAACGGUCUUUUCAUUUCUGUUUCUACUACAUAUUAUGUAGGGUGGCAUGGCUCAGUGGGUAGAGUGGCCGUCUUGUAACUGGAAGGUUGUUGGUUCGAUCCUUGGCCUGUCGAGGUGUCUCUGAGCAAGACACUGAACCCCUAAUUGCUCCUGAUGGGUUGUGGUUAGUGCCUUGCAUGGCAGCUUCUGCCAUCACUGUGUGAAUGGGUAAAUGUGACAUAUCAUGUAAAGUGCUUUGGAUAAAAGUGCUAUAUAAAUACAAUCAUUUACCAUUAUGUAAACUUUAGGGAUUUAACUUAACUUAGCUGUUUCCUUGGCUUUCGUCUUCAUGCUUACCAUGGGUAAUGGUCCACUGGAUCCAUAUCCAUACAAUAAGAGGAUAAGUGGUUGUCCUAAAAUGACACCACAAACAGUGCACGACUUGCAUAAUCUAGCUCUGCAAAACUUUAAUAAAAGUGGAGGUAGACAUUGCAUAGGACAGUGUAUGAUAUAAAUAUUGUAAAGUAGUUGUACAGUGUAGUUUUACAGUGUUUGAAUACAUUUGCUUGCUAUACAGUAUAAACUUUUCAAAAGAUCAUAAAAAGAAGCUUAAUGCAUGUUGGGAAUACAUUCUUUGGUCAGAUGGGACCCAGAUAAAUUUGGACAAACAUGGUUCAGCAUGUUUCGUGUGAACCUGGUGAGGACUACCACAGUGAAGGCAGAGUUAACACAGUGAAGCACGGAGGUGGAAAUUUUAUGAUAUGGGACUGCACGAGUGCAAAAGGGGUUGGAAGGAAGACAGUGAAAGACGGCACCACAAAUGUCUGUUCAUAUACCAAAACACUGACUGAUAAAAAGACCCCCAAAGUAUAGUAACUUGGCACAAGAGGGAUAUUUCAAAGCACAUUGCCAAAAUCACACAAGAAUUUCUAAAAAAAGCUAAAAACUAUGGUGUAGCCAAAUAUAUUGCCUGGCUUGAUUCCAACAGAACGUCUUUGGGGUAUUUUGAAGGGAAAGCCAGAGCAACACAACCCCUCCAGCAAAGGGCAGCUGAAAAAAUAGUCUCUGAGGAACAGCAGAGCAUCUCUCCACAAAUGUGUUUGACACUCUAUCUUCCAAGCCAAGUCUCCCUUCAAAAAUCAAGGUGGACAUACAAAAUAUUUGAAACCUAAAAGAUUUAAGUCUCAGUAAUGACAGAUGUACUGAUGUUUGUACUGAGUUCCUGCUGUUGGGCCUGUUGUUUUAAUAUAGCAAACACAAAAUGUUAAUUUAAGAGCAAAAACCCUGCUGGUAAAUUCAGAAAUAUUGUGAAUACUCUAUGGGUAUCCAAUUCCAAAUUGUGAUAUUUCAGUGAUAUUGCACAGGGAUGAACAGUUCUUAUUUUUAAAUUAUUUGGAAAAACCUGACAAAUUAUUGCGUAAAACAUAAUUAUUUGGUUGCAAAAAACAAAAUACAUCACAUCACUGAUCUCUGUCUUCAAGGUCGCAAAUGUAUUUGCAUUUAAUUAUUUCAUAUCAAGCAUCAUAGAUUACAUACGAGUAACUGAUGCAAAAAGUUAUUAAGAUGGGCUAGUUUUAGACUGCAACGUAUUCUUAAUGGCAAGUCCCAUUUAUUGGAUGGCUAUAUCUGUUUUAACCUGAUCAGUCUGGGUUUUGUGCAUCUGUAAAUGUUUGAUGAUAAAUAGUGUGCUGUGACUUAACCUUCAGAUCAAAAGGACAAAACAAAGAUAAUGAAGCCCUGUGAGGUUUUCCAGUAACUGUUGGUAAACAUAAUGGAACCAAAAUGUCCUUUGUAAUGAUGUUUCUACUGAAUUAAGGAACUGACAGACCUUCAACGGUGCCAUGCAGCGUGCGUCAUCAUGUGCUUCAUGAAACUGUAUUGCUGGCUCAGAAGUGUACUAAUCCAAUAUUGUGUUUGCCUAAUUAUUUAUGUAAGGCCUGAUGCAGAGAUAUCUUCUGUAAUUUCAGAUGUUCGGUCUUUCAUUUGCAUUGUGGUUAUCUCUGUUUACUCGCACAUUAUCAUUUCCGGUGUUACAUGUCUAGAGCACAAAGAUAAAUAAAAGAGCUGCCUGCUGCA